AUGGAUCUGAAUGAGAAAGCGUGGAAAUUUGUUGCCAUCGUUGCAUUGCUGCUUGCUCUGUACCAUGCCACGGCAGGUGUCAGGCUGAAAGAGCAUCUGGCUGAUUGUCUGGAGGACAAAGACUACGACCAACUGAUGGAGACUGUGGAGACUGGCCUUUACCUAAACACGUCUCAUCACGUUGUCAUCGUUGGGGCUGGCGUAGCUGGGCUGACGGCGGCCAAGUUGCUACAAGAAGCAGGACACAAGGUAACCAUUGUUGAAGCUAGUGGACGAGUUGGAGGACGAGUGGAAACUUACAGGAAUGAAAAGGAGGGCUGGUACGCCAAACUGGGGGCCAUGAGGAUCCCAAGUUUUCACCGCAUAGUCCUCUGGUUUGCUGAGCAGCUGGAGGUUAAGCUGAGGAAAUUUGUCAUGGAUGACCCCAACACUUUUUACCUGGUUAACGGGAUUCGGAAGAGGACGGAAGCAGUGAAAAAGAAUCCUGAUAUUCUAAAGUACAAGGUGAAGCCAAGUGAGAAAGGGAAGUCUGCCGACGAGCUGCUGCAACAAGCUCUGAAGAAGGUGAAAGAUGAAGUGGAGGCUCAUGGCUGCUGGGCGGCUCUGAAAAAAUAUGACCAUUAUUCUGUGAAGGAGUACCUGAAAGAAGAAGGAGGUUUGAGUCCAGAAGCCAUCAGGAUGAUCGGAGAACUGCUUAAUGAACAGAGUAUGAUGUACACUGCGCUGAGUGAGAUGAUCUACGACCAAACUGACAUCAGCGAUGAAACCACGUAAUAUGAACUGAUUGGUGGGUUGGACCUCCUCCCCAAAGCUUUCCUCAACAUCCUCGACGUCCCUAUACUCCUCAACUCCAAGAUCAAAUCCAUCAUCCACACAGAUGACGGUGUAAAUGUGUGGUAUCAGACAGCUCCAGGUGCCCACUUAACAGGAAUUGCAGCUGAUGCCGUCCUGGUAACAACCACGGCCAAAGCAGCCCUCUUUAUUGAGUUUUUGCCACCUCUCUCCAUCAGAAAGAUGGAGGCCAUGCGGGCCGUCCACUACGAUAGCUCCACUAAAAUCCUCCUCACCUUCAGUGAGAAGUUCUGGGAGAAAGACGGCAUUAAAGGAGGAAAAAGCAUCACAGACCGGCCCUCUUGUUUCAUCUACUACCCCAGCCACAGUUUCCCGAGUAAUGAAACCAUUCGCGUCCUCCUGGCUUCCUACACCUGGUCUGAUGACUCCCUCCUCUUCCAAGGUGCGAGUGACGAAGACUUGAAGGAGCUGGUUCUGAAAGAAUUGGCCCUGAUUCAUGGUGAGCAGGUGAAGACCCUCUGCAUGGGGGUCCUGGUGAAGAGAUGGGGUGUGGAUCCCUACAGUUUGGGUGCCUUCGCUCUGUUCACCCCCUACCAGCACAUAAAUUACGCCAAAGAGCUCUUCAGACACAAAGGCAGGGUGCACUUUGCUGGCGAACACACUGCCUCCCCUCACCCCUGGAUCGAGACUUCUAUGGAGUCUGCAAUCAGGGCCGCAACCAACAUCAACAACAUGGCACUCAAAGAGUUCAGAGCUCAACACAAUUAA